AGACCUUUGUGAAGAUGUUCCUCCUACCGAAGUAGAGAAAUAUAAAAAGGAAAAAAAAAUGGUUGAAAAAAUUACUAAUGUUUUAUUACCUAAUCAUAAAAUUAAAGUUCGCUUUGUUAAAAAUAGAGAAUACAAAGGAGUUACUUUACCGAUCGAUGUUGAGCCUAAAAUAGUCUACGCGGUUUGUUUUAAUAUUAAACAUCUAUUAGAAUUGGAGGAAGAAGACCCGGGGAUUUUUAUGGAUGUGGUAGCCCACGAAUUAGCUCAUGCCGAAGUGUUUAAAAAUCCACA